AUGGCCAUCGACUUCAGCGAGUAUGUGACGGAAUUCUUAUCAAUCGUGUUGUUAGCGGGGCUCAAGGCUGGCGUCUACUACCUGCUGCAAUUAAUUAUAAUUAUUCUAAGAGGUACUGGAGCUACGUUUAUGAUAGACCCUAGUCUGGCUCAAGACACCUCCGGAGACGAGAAAAUUUUGCUGUUUUACGGCGAUGCCGUCCGGAUGGUGAAAGACAAUGGCUCUGAGGCGGAUACCGCGUUACUGAUUACGCUCUUCUUCUGCACCUGCAAUGACCUCUUCGCCAGCGAGUUUGAGUUCAUCAUUGUGAUUUUUCUACUACCUGUGUUGCCACAAACAGCGCUAUACUGCGUGAUCACGCUGAUCAAGAAUUUCCGGGAAACACUGUUCAGUUUGAUCGCCGGG